GCCGAACCCGGCUGAAAAUCGAAGAUUCGCGAACGUGAAGUCCACACGAUCCAGCCCCAAAUAAUAUCCAAAGCAAAUCAAACAAGCACCCGCCUUGCAUCGUCGUCGCCAACCACCAUUCCACCAAUGGAGCUCUCAUCCCUCCUGCCCUCCCUGUCCCCGCGCCGCGCCCUCCCGCUCUCCUUCUCCACCGCGUCCAAGACGCCCCGGCGGCCGCGGCCGGCCGCCUUCGCCUGCCGCGCGGACGCCUCCCCGGAAGGGCCGUCAACCACCCGGCGAUGGUUCGCCUCGCUGGCCGCCGCCACCGCAGCCGUGGGGAUUGGCGUCGCCCGGGGAGGGGAGGCUGGCGCCGUGUCGACCAGCAGGAGAGUUUUUAGGAGCAACAAGAUUCCGGAGAGCGACUUCAUCACUCUGCCUAAUGGCAUCAAGUACUAUGACAUCAAAGUAGGAGGUGGGGCUAAAGCAGUUAAGGGAUCGCGCGUCGCAGUACAUUACGUGGCCAAGUGGAAGGGCAUAACAUUCAUGACAAGUAGGCAGGGCCUCGGUGUCACUGGUGGAACGCCGUAUGGGUUUGAUGUUGGCAAUUCUGAAAGAGGCAAUGUUCUAAAAGGAUUGGAUCUCGGGGUUGAGGGAAUGAAAGUUGGAGGGCAGAGGUUGGUUAUUGUUCCUCCUGAGCUAGCUUAUGGAAAAAAGGGCGUUCAAGAAAUUCCUCCUAAUGCAACUAUUGAGGGCUGGUGGCGCGGGUCGGCUCCGACGGGAGGCCUCGUGUGCGGGGGAUCUUUUUCCCCAUGGGGGAAUUUUAUUGACGGGGAUAGAACUGAUAGCUGGAUGUCGAACUACUAUCGAUCAAACAGAGUCCAUUUGGGAGUCCUGUGAAGAUCGUUGAAGGAUAAUUGUGCAUUGACUUCUGCAGACAAUGAUGUAUAUUUGAACUUGCUGGAGAGUGUUACUGCAAGAAAGGGGGAUAGAUGUAUCAGAUUUCAGUGGUGUUGUUGCGUAAAUAAGUGCACCAUAAUGUAAUAUUUGACUUUGGAGCUUCUUUUUUUUGGCUGGUUGGAGAAUAAGCAAGUUCCAUAAAUUAUAUAUAUUCAAUUCCUUUUUGCA